GAAUACAACACUCAUUGGUUAUCACCAUGGUAACACAGCAGCGCCCAGUAUAGCGAUUGGCUGGUUCUUUGCCGUAAAGCACAACUGCACUCUUAGCUACGCUACUUGUGGUGGCUAACGAGAGACCGGCGAUUGUUUUGACAAACGACAUCACUUGAAGCCAUUUUCAUCUUUCGAAUAACAUUUAAAUGGCGGAGAAAAACGAAAACCUCGAGGAGCACCUCGAAAAGUUUGUCGAAAAUAUUCGACAGCUUGGAAUUAUCGUAAGCGACUUCCAGUCGAGCAGCCAAGCUGGACUCAACCAAAAACUAAAUUUAAUGAUAACGGGACUGCAAGACAUUGAGAAGUGCCGUCAGCAGCUGCACGAGAUCAACGUACCACUGGAAGUUUUUGAAUACAUCGAUCAGGGUCGAAACCCACAGCUAUACACAAAGGAGUGUUUGGAGAGAGCCUUGGCCCGCAACGAGCAAGUUAAAGGAAAAAUUGACACCCUGACGAAAUUCAAGAGCCUUCUCAUCUCCGAGCUCAGCAAAGUCUUCCCGGAGGAGAUGUUGAAAUAUAAGGCGAUACACGGCGACGACGGCCCAUCCUAGUGAUUCCUGCACUGUUACCCUUGACCCGUCAACCUGUGACAAUUACUUUUUAAGCCUUGAACCGGUCAGAUCAAGGAAGAGAACCCUUUGCACUCGCAACCAGACUGAGACAAUGUUCUUUAUCCUAAAAAUUGAUUCAGAUGGAGUGUGUUGGCUGGACAAAUGUGGCCUUACACGUCCAUGUCGCUUGGAUGCUGUAUGAGCAGCAGGGUAAAUUUCAAGCGCCAUACCGAAGCUCCUUCCUGACUCUCCCUGAAGCGGUGGUACUUAUUUAUAUGUUUUUAUAAUAAUUGACAAGGCACACAGUAAGAGUUGGACAUACAUUUGUUUGCUCGGGCUGUGAUCAAUCUGAAUGCAGGUGUUUUUUUUUUGUUUUUUUUUCGGCCCUGCUCAGCAACAUGUCUGCUCUUUAUUUGUAUCAUAUUAAAGGUUUUGUAAGUGGAUAA